CUCACCAACGUCCGGAGACAAGGCUGCUGAGGACAGACCUUGGCCGAUGCUAUGUUAGAGUAGCUUUGCGCCCUUGUUUGUGGUCUUUUGUUAUGUGUAUUCUUUCAUCUUGUGGUCAGUUUCGUUCCUCCGGUCUCCGUCUUCUCCUCGUGUGACGUCUCUCCUUGCAUGCUACCGACUAGUCUGUCGGCCCUCCUAGUCGCCACGGAUUAUAUAGAAGAAAUAUUACCCUGACUACGAUUCCAAGACCUUAAUCCUCCUUUUCCUCCUAUCCUCUACGAGUUCGUCCUAAAACCGCCUCAAUGGCCACCUCCGCCAUACCGACCGGCGGUAUGAUCGACCCAACGAAACAGGCCGAAUACCCAGUGCUUCUGGGUGGCAGAUUAACCGGACAAGACAACUUCUCACAAUCACGAUUAAUCAAUUUCAAUUACAACUACAAGACCAAAUCCGCGACUCCACAGCAGCGAUCGACGGUCACCCGUUCAUCGCAAUCCAAUGAUCUUUAUAAUCUCACCAUCACCGACAAGCCGCAGAGCACGGAGAGCAAUACAUUGACGUAUUUGUAUGAAGGUAGUGUGGAUCCGAUACAGGAGUCUGAAGUGGAAGACUAUGUUCUGGUGUUCGAUUCGGAUCGCAAAGCGUUCGUCCUGGAGCCUGUCGUAACAAGGUUGAAUUUCAACCUUCGAUCGGCCCCAGCGAAGACAGAAAAACAGGUACUGGAACAAUAUGAACAGCUCAGGACUCUACAGGAGGAUCAACAAGUGUCGGGGGAUGAGCAGGUGCCUGAAAGUGUCGACGAGGAUGAAGAUGGCCCUGCGGAUGAAAGCAAUCCCUACGAUUUCCGACACUUCCUUCCCAAGGCCGGUGAUGAGGACGAUGAAAAAGAAAAGUCUUCGUUUGAUCGGAUUACCCCAGAGCCCCAGGUUAUAAGCAAACCCGAUACUCUGUCGAUACCUGCACCUGCCAAACGUGCCCCGAGCCCUAGGCCGCGACCAAACACCCUGACCAAUCCUCCCCAACAAAAGAAGACCGAGCCAGCGAAGAAGAAAACAGAACUUACGGCGAAGGCAGAACCUACCAAGAAGAAAGAGCCACCACCGCCGGAGCCAAGCCCCAAGCCCGAGGCCAAAAUCGAAGUGGAGGAGUUCGGAGAGCCCGAAUCAAAAUCAACACCUUCUGAUACAGGAACUGCUGCCCUGGAAUCGCAUAAGGCUAUUCCGUCGCCAGGUUCUAAUAUCAUUAUCGAUGGAGAUUUGAUUAUCGAUAUGGGGUCGCCGCCUCCGUCUCGUCCUGCCUUCAAUAUCAAUCCAGCUCAUUUCUCUUCGAAUGGUACGCCUUCGAAUGGCGCAGAAGACGAUGAAGACGGUGAAGAGAUGGAAGAUCUCAGACUACCAUCUCCUGCUGGACAUACCGCUCCUGCGCAGCAGGCUGCACCUGAGCCGGCUCAGGAAGAGGAAGUUGAAGAUGACGAUGCUCUGGCAGCAGAAAUGGAAGCCGCUUUUGAAGAAAGUGCAAUGGAAGAACAAAACGUGCAUAGUUACAGUCAACCGGCAUCGCAGCAAUAUCACGCUCACAGCGACGAUGAAAGCGAGGUCAGUGAGGAGGAGUAAGCCGUGUAUAAUUCGCUAUGGAAAUGCCUGUUGUUUUUUUUUUUUUUUGGGUUCCGAGCCAUGUCCUUGCAUCUCAUUUUCUUCUUGUUCCUCACUGUACCAACAGUAUAUAUGAACAACGGCGCCAUUCGGAGUUUGGACCGCGGAUGGCGCAUAGAUGCGUCAGGAUAUCCGCUGGCAUAUGAUACCACUUUAUAUUAUGCUGUACCUAUUCUACUGAUCUUGAAUAAUAUACUGUUG